GUUUUAGACAACCAAAACCCAGAAAGAUUCUUCAUCUUCUGUGAAUUGGGUAGUGUAAAGGUUCAGCCUUUUUGGUGGGGGUGGGAGGUUACUUAUUAACUGGUUUCUGGGUUUUUGAGGGGUUAUGAAGAAGAACAUGGGUAGGGGGAAGAUUGAGAUCAAGAAGAUUGAGAACACAAACAGCAGACAAGUCACAUUCUCAAAGAGGCGUGCUGGGUUACUCAAGAAAGCUAAGGAAUUGGCUAUUCUCUGCGAUGCUGAGAUUGCGGUCAUUGUCUUCUCCAACACUGGCAAGCUUUUUGAGUUUUCCAGUACUGGUAUAAAGCGAACUAUUGCAAGAUACAACGAGUGUCAUGAGUCUUCAGGGACCGCUCUAGUAGAAUCAAGGGCAGAGGAGGAAGACCCCAAGGCGGUGGAUGUCCUAAAAGAUGAACUCGAGAAGCUAGAAAAGAAACAAUUGCAUCUGUUAGGCGAUGACUUGGCUAGUUUGGGCUUGAAUGAAUUGCAGAAACUAGAAGAUCAAUUAACUGAAGGAUUAUUUUCAGUAAAGGAGAAAAAGGAAAAGAUACUGAUGGAGCAACUGGAGAAAUCAAGACUACAGGAAAAGGGUGCUACAGUCGAGAAUGAAAUCUUGCGCAAACAGGUUGAGGAGCUUCGCCGUUUAUUUCCCCAAGCUGCUCAUGCAGUUCCAUCACAGAAUUCCCUUGUGAACCAUGAUGCCAAAAGCCCUGAUUUGGUCAGCAGUUUUGCAUUUGAAAAUGGAGAUUCUGACACCACUUUACAAUUAGGGCUGCCAUAUCGCAAGAGGAAGGCUCCAGAAAGAGAAAGCCAGUCAAAUGACUCAAGGAGUCAACUAGGCCUGUAAUGUUCCAGAGUUUCUCUUUGCGAUCGAAUCAAAGGUUCUGGAGUGGAAUUUGAUCCAGUUGGGAGUCUAGCUUAGUAGAGCUUGUUGGAAAAUGUAG